CUUCUCUGAGCUUCUUUCUUCAGCGGAGAUUUCUCCAACAUACAUACGGUUGAUGAUAUGCACAAGACUAUUACAAACCAAAUAUCUCAAGAAUAUUGGAUUCUGCUCAAAAUCCAUGGAUAUGGCGCUUGAUUCUUCCAUCCUCAGCCCGCCCAAGUUCAUCAACGGCUCGAAAUCGCUGAGUUUCCUCCACUACAACACCCGAUUAAGAAUGCCCACGACAACAUUCCCGCAAAAUAAUCGGUACCCAUUUCCUUUAUGCUAUAAUUCUAGUGAAUUGAGGAGCUUUUGGAGUAAAAGAAACGAUUUUUACGAUGCAAAAGAGCGCUUGAGACCAAUGGGUAAAACCUUGAGCGGCGAAAAUGGGAAUUUGGGUUUAAAUUUUGAGUUUUUGAGGGGAAUUUUGAAGAGUGGGAUUGUUCUGGUGGCAAUGGUUUGUGGGGUUUUGGUUUAUGGCUGCAAAAGGGCUUUUGCGACUGAGGGAGUUGUGAACGCUGGCUAUGGCGUUAUUGGGCAGAGCAUUUUGUUGCUGAGAAAUGCUUGGCCAAAGACUUUGCAGGUUCUUCAGGUGUUCAAAGAACAAGGAUUAAUUUUGGCAGUGCUUUUGGGUCUCUCUGCGUUUUUCUCUAUGGCUGAGACUGCUAUCACCACUCUUUGGCCUUGGAAGGUGCGAGAGUUAGCCGAAAAAGAGUCUGAAGAUGGCGUCUUCAAAAUGCUUCGAAAUGAUGUUACUCGCUUCUUGACAACCAUAUUGAUUGGCACAACUGUUGUCAAUAUUGGAGCUACUGCUUUAGUUACUGACGCUGCAACAGCAAUAUUUGGUGAAGCUGGUGUUAGUGCAGCAACUGGAGUAAUGACUGUUGCCAUUUUGCUUCUUACUGAAAUCACUCCGAAAAGCAUAGCUGUUCACAAUGCAACAGAAGUUGCUAGGUUUGUGGCCCGGCCAGUGGCGUGGCUUUCGUUGGUGUUAUACCCUGUUGGAAGAGUUGUUACAUUUCUGUCAAUGGGCAUUUUAAAAUUGCUUGGUUUGAAAGGAAGAAGUGAACCGUAUGUUACAGAAGAGGAGUUGAAAUUGAUGUUGCGAGGGGCAGAGUUAAGUGGAGCAAUAGAAGAGGAAGAACAGGAUAUGAUUGAAAAUGUCUUGGAGAUUAAGGAUACACAUGUUAGAGAGGUAAUGACACCUCUUGUUGAUGUAGUUGCCAUUGAUGCCAGUGCAACACUAGUAGAUUUUCACAACUUGUGGUUAACUCAUCAAUAUUCAAGGGUGCCUGUGUUUGAGCAGCGAGUUGAUAAUAUAGUUGGUAUUGCGUAUGCAAUGGAUCUACUCGAUUAUGUUCGGAAGGGUGAUCUACUAGAAAGUACCAGCGUUGGAGAUAUGGCUCAUAAACCUGCAUACUUUGUGCCAGAUUCAAUGUCAGUCUGGAAUCUUCUUAGAGAGUUCCGCAUCAGAAAGGUCCACAUGGCUGUGGUUCUUAAUGAAUAUGGAGGAACCAUAGGGUUAGUUACUCUGGAAGAUGUGGUCGAGGAAAUUGUUGGCGAAAUCUUUGAUGAAAACGAUUCCAAAGAGGAGAUUCAGAAGAAAACUGGCUACAUUGUGAUGCGUGCAGAGGGAGUAUUUGACGUGGAUGCAAAUACGUCUAUAGACCAGCUAUCCGAAGAUCUGAAUGUCAAAAUGCCCGAGGGUCAUCAAUACGAAACAGUAUCGGGUUUUAUAUGCGAGGCAUUUGGAUAUAUUCCAAGGACAGGUGAGACCAUCAAAGUAGUCCUUGAAAAGGAGAAUGAAGAAGAGGAGGACGAGGAGUCCAAAUCCGAUCACCAGGAUCAGAAGGAAAAGCAUCAGAUUUUUAAACUUGAGAUACUCGCAGGAAACGCCAGAAAGGUAAGUGCCAUUCGGUUCGAAAGAUUAGACAAUGGAGAAGCAGCUCUGGAGACCAAAGAGAUGACUCGGUUUGUUCCGAAAAUCAUGAAAAGGAAGUGGAACAGUGAUGAGGACUCAGAAAGUACAGAAUGCGAUGAGGAUUCAUUCCAAAAGAGACCACAGAAUAGCCUCCUUGAUGAACAUGAAGACAAUUAUGAUAGUCUCAGCACACCUUGAUCAUGUUUCUUGUUGCUCCCAUUUUUCACAACACUACUGAUAGGUGUUUGAGUUGAGAACCAAUGACCAAUUUUGUGAAUCAGAAAUGGAAAAUAAAAAAAAAUAUUCAGAGAAAGAUUGUGUAAUGUGUUUACUUGACGAAAAAAAAUGCCAUCAUUACAUGUCAUAUUGCACGAGAGCUGCCACCUAGGAGUGUUAGACCA